GACUCGUUGUCUGGUGACAAUCGGUCUGAGAUUUCUGCGCCGUACAACCCCAUUCACCUCACGCACGUCGGCUUCAACAACGAGACGGGCGAGUUCACGUGGUCGAUUAUGCUGCGCGAGGCUGGCAUCACCAAGCAGGACCAGGAGGCGAAUCCGCAGGCGGUGAUGGAGGUGAUGCGCUUCUACCAGGAGAACACAAAGCACAUGGACGACAUGGUGUGGAAGAAGAUGGCCGGUGUGGACAACGGA